AUGCCCACCAUUUAUCCUGCUAAAGGGACCGUCCCUCCUGGAGCAGCAGCCUCUACCACCGGUACCGUUGCUGUGCCGGAUGCUUGCUCCUGUGACACCUGCUCCUGUGGCAACAAGGCGUCCGCGACCUCGACAGCCUCAGCCGGAUUGGUCACUUCAGGAUCAACACCAGCACCACCGGCUGUAGUCACUACGACUUCUACUCUCACCACUUCUGCUACACCCUCUUCUGGUGAAGUCGAGAGUGGCAGCACCUCUGUCUCAGCGGCUACUUCGACUGUCAACCUACGCGCAACGACAACAACCACAACCGUUACGAUGACCAGGCCAGCUUCAACCGCUGCAGCCAACCCUGCCUUCACCACUAAAGGCCCUCAUCACCACCAGGCCCAUACUUCUGAUGGUGAAGCACACAGGUCCGAACAUGGUUGGGACUCUCUCGAUCGUGAAGUUAGCUCCACUAAAAAGUCCAGGCUGCUCCGUCGCCACAAAGACGAGAAGGAUAAAGACUUGCUUCUGAAGGACAAAGAAAUGGAAGUGCGGUACCUCGAGAAACAAAGUAAGAGGUUGUGGAAAGCGGCACAUGACUGGGGAAAAGUUCUUGAGCAGUACGCCGCAGAUUUCCAAAAGACAAACGACCUGGCGAACUGCCACAUGGUAACGGAAGAGGGCGCAAAGGCAGGGGAGGUCAUUGGCGAGAAGCGGAUUGUUCUAAAGCGUAUCAAGUCGGUGAGCGAUCGAGCUCAUCGUUAUGCACGCAUACAAGAAGAAUGGUUGCUUGACGCCAAGAAGGAGCUUUCCCAGUGGAAAAAGGCGGCGAGAGAGGUACAGGGUUUGAGCCAUGAAGAAAUUCUUCGCAAAGAGGAUUUUAGGAAGCAUGCUUCAAGCCACAACCCUGAGAAGCGCUCAGAAGCCAAAGAUGCCGGGGAGCAGAACAAGCAGAAGCAGAAGCAGGAGGAAGAGAAGCAGAAGCAGGAGAAGCAGAAGCAGAAGGAGAAAGAGGACAAACACAAAGACGAAAAGUGUCACGACAAGGAAGAGAAGAAGACCGACGCUACCAAAGAAGAGACUACUAACAAAUCCGACCUUGAGAAGUACGAAGACGCUCUCUAUGGAAAGAUUGGAGAACAGAUCAAGGAGAAAAUCGGGAAUGAUAAGAGCAAAGAUCGCCACUCUCCUAUUGAGAAGGGAGAAAAGCCCGCUUUCGUGAUCACUAAAGAGUUCAAGGUCUACAAGUGCGACGACGAAAAGGGCUGCAAGGAGGACUUUGGAUCACUAGAGGAACUGGUCAAGGACGAGGACAAGGACGCGGAGAAGGAGAAGGAGAAGAAGGGGGAGAAGAAGGGGGAGAAGAAGGAGAAGGGCGAAGAUAAUAAAGUCGAAAAGGAAGAAGAGAAGGAUUGGUAUGAAGAAGAAGGCGAUCCUCCGAUGCUCGCUGAUGGUGACGAGGCUGGGCAGUUGCAGCGUCUCCAGGAGCUCUACAUGCAAUGGCGUGGCAUGCUCGUCGAGGCUAUUCGCAAGGACCUCGACCCGAUCCUCAAGAACGAUGAGUUCCCGGAGGACACCCAGAUGGCAGCGCAGCAUAUGGAAGGGGAUGAAAAGGUACAGCGCAAGCGAUUAAGCCAUAUCUACAUGAACUAUCGCUACAUGCUUCUUGAGAAGUUCACCAAGCUGCUCGAUCCUAUCCUCCACGCCAAAAACCAAAAGACCGACUGA